AUGGGAAACACUCAGGUGAAAUUUAACCCAAGAAAGCUUCAUUCAAGCUUAAAAAUGAGUUCUAUCAGAAUUGGUAUUCUUAAAAACAAGAUCAUCGGCAAAAACUCUCAAUUAAGAGACGAAAUCGCUGGGUUUCUACGAAGUUGGCAAUACAUUAAAAUGGCGACACAAUUCAACCUACCCUAUUGGCGCAGCCUUAUGGCUACAGUGAGCUGGGACAGACUCCGAGCAGAGAAUCAAGUGCAGACUCAAGGGAUGUGUAUCAGGGUAGGUUUUGACUGCUUUUCUGUUGUUGGAAAUGGAGACGCUCAAUAAAGUCCUUUUUAUACGAGGACCCAUGGGCAUUCUUCUACAAGAAACUGGGCGUUCGGCACAGUCCACAAGGAAAAUAGGCUUUUUCCUUAAGCUGUCGAAGAAAGCAAUUUGGCGCCAAACACACUUCAAGGAUCCAUGGAGUCAAGCUACUUUAAUCGCCAGUAGUAGCAGAAAUCCAUAAGAACUCAAGACUUAAGACUCAAGGCAAGGAGGGGUAUCGGAAGUGGCACAGACCCUCUAGACUGGAGUCGAAAAGCGUUAGAGCCUCCCACAUGGGAGAUUUUUGAUGACUGUGUCACCAAUAUGGCUAACACAUAAAUUUUAAUAAUCCUAAUUCUUCGAAGUGGCCAAGAAGAGAUGGCAAGCAUAAAAGUUGAAGGUUACAUUAACAACGAAAAUCUCUUGAUGGCAUUAGAAGUCAUAAAUUUACUCUGUCUCCAGUGCUGCGAAAGAAUCCAGCAAUUCAGGGGAGCAAAGGAAUGUCCAACCGAUAUAAGAACUGCUGUUGAAUCUAUUAUUUACGCAGCUAAUAGAGUAGACUGCAAAGAAUUAAUAGAAGCUCGUCAGCAGUUCACCGCAAAAUUUGGUGUGGAAUUUUCAAAGAAAGCCAAUUUUGAUGAAAAUCAUCUUGUAAAUAAAAUGAUUAUUGAAAAAUUAACUGUGACUGUUCCUUGUGAGGAGCUUAAAUUAGUGAAAAUUCAGGAAAUUGCUGCAGCAAAAAAGGUGGAUUAUGUGACAAAAGACCAAGCGAAAAAUGUAAGUGAUAUGCAGAUGAUGAAAUUUAAUAAUUACCAGUAUGUUCCUAAUGCUCCUGAUCUUAACUCAAGACCUGGAAGCCAGCAAGUUGAUAGACCAGCUUCAGGGCAAAAGCCAAAUGGAAACUCUAACCAGUUCCCAUCACCAAAAUCAAAUGGUGGUGCAAAUCAGUUCCCAUCUCCAAAAUCUAAUGGAGGCUCUAAUCAAUUCCCAUCACCAAAAUCUACUGGAGGCUCUAAUCAAUUUCCGUCAUCAAAACCUAAUGGAGAUCCUAAUCAAUUUCCGUCUCCUCCAACUGAAUUUCCAAGCCAAGGGAAUUAUCCUGAUUUUAAAGGUUCAAAUUAUUUGGACUCAAUGGAAGACAGAUUUAGAAAUCUAAAAUAA